ACUCUGUGCGCGCGCUCGCUCAGCCUCGCGAACGUUGGCCGAGCUGAGUUGGAGGAUCAUGGCGGAGCGCAGGAGGCACAAGAAACGGAUCCAGGAGGUGAGUGAACCCACCAAGGAGGAGAAGGCGGUGGCCAAGUACCUUAGAUUCAACUGCCCCACCAAAUCCACCAACAUGAUGGGUCACAGAGUGGACUACUUUAUCGCCUCCAAGGCAGUGGACUGUCUGCUGGACUCAAAGUGGGCCAAGGCGAAGAAGGGAGAGGAGGCAGUGUUCACCACCAGAGAGUCUGUGAUGGAUUACUGCAACAGACUUCUAAAGAAGCAGUUCUUCCACCGGGCUCUGAAGGUGAUGAAGAAAAAACCUGAGAAGGACACCAAAAAAGAGAAAGAGAAGGACAAGGACAAGGAGAAAGAGAAGGAGAAAGAGAAGGAGAAGGAGAAAGAGAAGGCCAAGGGGGACAGCAGCAAAGAAGAGGAGAAAAAAGGGAAGAAGGAGAAAGAGAAGAAGAAAGAGUCUGAGGUCGCUGAAACCAAGAAGGAGAAGAGCGAUGAAAGUCCUGGGACCCCUAAGAAGAAGAAAGAGGUGAAGAAGAAGUUUAAACUGGAGCCUCAUGAGGAGCAGCUGUUUGUUGAUGGAAAUGAGGUGUAUGUGUGGAUUUAUGAUCCUGUCCAUUUCAAGACCUUUGCCAUGGGACUCAUACUGGUUAUUGCAGUAAUCGCAGCCACGCUGUUCCCACUGUGGCCUGCAGAAAUGCGUGUAGGAGUUUACUAUCUAAGUGUAGCAGCCGGCUGCUUCGUGGCCAGUAUACUGCUUCUGGCUGUUGCCCGCUGCAUCCUCUUCCUGAUCAUCUGGGUGGUGACAGGCGGGCGCCAUCACUUCUGGUUCCUCCCCAACCUGACUGCAGACGUGGGCUUUAUCGACUCAUUCAGGCCGCUCUACACUCACGAGUACAAAGGACCGCAAGCCAGCAGCAAGAAGGGCUCAGACAAGACGGACGACAAGGACAACGGAGAAUCCACCAAGGCUCAGAAGUCAGACAGCGACGAAAAGUCCGACAGCGAGAAGAAGGACGGGGAUGACGAGGAGGAGGAAGAAGAGGAGGAGAGUAAAGAUGUGGCGGCAGAAGAGAGUAAAGAAGCAGAGGGUGAGGGGACGGAUCGACACUCGGACUCAGACAGCGACCGGCGGGAGGAUGAAGGCUCGCAGCACAGCAACGGAAACGACUUUGAGAUGAUCACCAGGGAGGAGCUGGAGCAGCACACGGAAGAGGAGGAGGAAGAGGAGGAGGAGGAGGAGGAGGAGGAGGAGACGGAGACGCAAGAGAGGGAAGAAGGGAAUGUGAGUGAGACUAGAGCCCAGGCGGCUGAAACAUAAACUUCUUACAAUCCCAUCACUCUUUACUUUCCUCUCUCUGUCCCUCCCUCCUUCCUCUGUGAUCCCAGGACCUGCCUGUCGCGUCUCCUCGUGCGGAGACGCUCCAUCUCUUGUUGUUGAGAUCUUCCACUGACACAGUACCCACAGAUCAGGACCGGAGAAAGCAAGCAGCUCCGACAAUGAGGAAAACAAAUUGUACGAUAAGGAAGCCUUAUGUGGAGCCGAUUCCUCUCAGCUCGCUGUGAUUUACGUCAAAAUGAAAACCUGCCUGAGGAAGCUGUCCAGAGCUCCACAGCUUUUUGUCAUUUCAACCCAAAAUGUUUUAUUUAUGUCCGCCCAGUUACUUUUGUAUGUGGUCAAUACGAGAUCUUAUAUACAGACAAUGGAGAAAAGAUUGUGCUGCUUUCUCCCCCCCCCCCCUUUCUUUUUUCAUUGUCGUCUUAGAGCUCACUGUUGUUGGUACAAUCAGUAUCUCUGGAGAAAGGCCCCGUUCAUUCACCUUGUUGUUCUGUUGCAGGAGCACCAAUGAGUCUGAUAGCUUUCUCAGGCAGACAGCGAAGCAAGUGACAAGCGUUAGAGCCAGAUGGACCAAAUCCUGGAAUUACUCAAAGGAAACAAAAAAAAAAAAAACA